AUGGUCCAAGAUUUUUGCCAUAAAGGCCUCGGAAAAAUUGCGACUUGUGUCAAAGGCAAUGAUGGUAAGUUUUCAGACGAUGGAGGAAAUAUUGAAAGCAUAUCGAGAAGAAACUCUUCGGGAAAUUAAGAAUUUCAGCCUGUCGGAAGAAAAAAUGUUGGAAGGGAAGCGUCUGCACUCUCGUGAAGACUCCAUGUUACAAAGAUCCUUGGUAAUUGUCUUUUUUUGAGAAAAAUUGAAAGGUUUCGAACAGAAAAUAGUCGAACUGGUAUCUUUGGAAAAGCAAAACCACUUUCAAGAUUUAUGAAUUUCCCAAGGUUUCUAGAGUCUUUAAAAACGUGGAAGCUUCCGGACCUUCGAAAAUAAAUCAUUUAACUUUAGUCCGCUCGUCGCUCAGUGCAUUGGAGCUCCACCAAAGUGUCCGAAGAAUGAGGUUUCACAAGAAAAAUUACAAUAUAAAAGAAUAAUAAUCCCAGGUUCACACGAACUGCCUCAACAAGUGUUCUGAACCAAGAUGCACGCCUCUCAACGCGGUUUCACACUUUUAGUGAAAAAAAGAUCCUUCAAUUGUCAGGCCUGCCCACGAAACUGCCGAAGCGGCUGCACUUGCGCCAAAGGAUUCUUCAGAAACAACGCUGGCGCUUGUGUCAAAAAGUCUCAAUGUGGCACAACUGGAGGUAAUUUAAUCAAAGCAAGUAUGCUCUGAAGAGAAGAGUCUCUGAUUGGUUGGUAACGCCUACUUUGAAAAGUUUGGGGGUUUUUUUUUUGGCGAACUAACCAGAUACGUUUUUUGGCAGAGCGAAUAAUAAAAAAACACCAAAAUUUAAAUGAACAAGAUUAAAAUUUAAAAAAAUUUAAUUUAGGCAUCAAGUGCAAAAAUAUCCAGUGCAAGGCUGGAUGGGAAUGCAAAGACACUCCCAAAGGACCAAUUUGCAUUAAAGGUAAUAAUAAUCAUAAAAAAAACAGAAAAAAAUUUGGUCAGUUGCAAAGCACCUAGGCUUUCCAAUAAACUUUGAAUAUUCGAAGUCUUUCAAAACAAACUGAUCUUUCCUGAUAGUAGAUUGAAAAACAUUCAAAUUCCAUGUUUAGGAGACCCAUGCAGCCAAGAUCCAUGCGGACCUGGAUACAAAUGCACUGUCGUCAAGGGUAAAGCUUGCUGCACUCAAGGUUCUUGACUAAUUUGAUAUAUACGUAUCCCGAUUUUUCAGUGGAUCCAUGUGACCCAAGCCCUUGCAAAGCUGGUGAGACCUGCAAAGCGACGACAAACGGAACAUUUACGUGUAAUCCAGGUAAGUAAUGUUAAAGAAUAAUUUUCUCAAAAAUAUAAGGUUUCAAAAGUCCCUAGAGCUCUCGAAAUUUCAGUUGACCCUUGCAAUCCAAACCCUUGUCAAGCCGGUGAGACCUGCCAAGUGACGGCUGAUGGACAUAACUGCACUACAGGUUGGAAACGAAAGAAAAUUUAAAAAAAAUCAAGAACUUAAGAUCGAGGUUGUUACUUGAAAACAUUACUAGAGAGACUCACUGAUUUUAGAGGGUAGUUUCUUGAAAAUUUAUAAAAGAAGUCUUUUGGGGUUACCGAAGCUAGACUUAGAAUCAAGAAACGUUCUUUCAUCAAUUUCGAAAGUUUCAAACACGUGGAAGAGGUUUCGACUUGCCUUAAAAAAAAUUCUUGGACCAUCCUUUAUUCCAUGGCACCCUUGAUUCUCAACAUUCUUAAUCAUAAGUUUUUCAGUCAACCCGUGCGAUCCAAAUCCAUGCCAAUCCAAUGAGACCUGUCAAGCGUCGGCUGAUGGACACACCUGCACUCCAGGUAGAAGCGAAAUGAUCGAGAAAUGAUCAAAAAAUUUUAAACAGAUGGAAUUUGAAAUUGAGAUUAGAAGCACUGAUUUCGAGAGGCUUAAAUUAUUCAUAUUAUCACUUCCUUUCAAUAUUUUUUCAGUAAAUCCCUGCGAACCAAAUCCUUGCCAAGCUGGUGAGACCUGUCAAGUGACGGCUGAUGGACAUAACUGCACUACAGGUUGGAAACAUAAAUAUCAGAGAAUGAAAGAACGAAAAAAAGAAAACGUUUCAUAAAGUAAAAGAGAGUGAAAAGAAAAAGAAAAGAAACAUAAAAUCUUCAAACUCUUCCGUAUAUUGAAUGUUCUUCCAAAUGUCCCAGCAUACUCAUCGUUUUCCAGGCAAUCCCUGCGAACCAAAUCCUUGCCAAGCCGGCGAAACAUGUCAAGUGACGGCUGAUGGACACAACUGCACUACAGGUAGAAGCCAAAUGAUCAAAAAAAAAUAAUCAGAAAAAAACAACAAAGAGUCAAAGAGUCAACAAAGUCAAACGCAAGGAGUUUCAAAUUGACAACAAUGUUUUAGAGAGGCUUAUAAUAAUUAUAUUAUCACUAUAGUCUGUGGGCCACGACUUGAAAUUUCACCGAACGACGUUCCGCUGCGUACGGCCGCGAAGCGUCUUUGCCUUUGCGGGUCUAGGUCACCCUUUCAGACUAUUUUUAUCGCUGAUAUAUGGAUCGUUCCACUGCGAGUUUCUAAAUGAAAGAAAAAAUUAAAAGCGCGACCGAGAUUCGCAAAGGCCCCCGGCGGAACAGCGGAAUGACGUUCAGUGAAAUUCCGAGCCGUGGUAAACAGACUAUAUACAUCCAAAUUUUUGCAGUAAAUCCCUGCGAACCAAAUCCUUGCCAAGCCGGCGAAACAUGUCAAGUGACGGCUGAUGGACACAACUGCACUACAGGUAGAAGCCAAAUGAUCAAAAAAAAUAAUCAGAAAAAAACAACAAAGAGUCAAAGAGUCAACAAAGUCAAACGCAAGGAGUUUCAAAUUGACAACAAUGUUUUAGAGAGGCUUAUAAUAAUUAUAUUAUCACUAUAGUCUGUGGGCCACGACUUGAAAUUUCACCGAACGACGUUCCGCUGCGUACGGCCGCGAAGCGUCUUUGCCUUUGCGGGUCUAGGUCACCCUUUCAGACUAUUUUUAUCGCUGAUAGAUGGAUCGUUCCACUGCGAGUUUCUAAAUGAAAGAAAAAAUUAAAAGCGCAACCGAGAUUCGCAAAGGCCCCCGGCGGAACAGCGGAAUGACGUUCAGUGAAAUUCCGAGCCGUGGUAAACAGACUAUAUACAUCCAAAUUUUUGCAGUAAAUCCCUGCGAACCAAAUCCUUGCCAAGCCGGCGAAACAUGUCAAGUGACGGCUGAUGGACACAACUGCACUACAGGUAGAAGCCAAAUGAUCAAGAAAUGAUCAAAAAAAUUUUAAACAGACGGAAUUUGAAUUUGACACUAGAAACAUUGAUUUAGAGAGGCUCAUAAUAAUUAUAUCAUCACUAUGAAUGAAGGAUUCUUUUUUUAGUAAAUCCCUGCGAACCAAACCCUUGUCAAGCCGGUGAAACAUGUCAAGUGACGGCUGAUGGACAUAACUGCACUACAGGUUGGAAACGAAAGAAAAUUUCAAAAAAAUCAAGAACUUAAGAUCGAGGUUGUUACUUGAAAACAUUACUAGAGAGACUCACUGAUUUUAGAGGGUAGUUUCUUGAAAAUUUAUAAAAGAAGUCUUUUGGGGUUACCGAAGCUAGACUUAGAAUCAAGAAACGUUCUUUCAUCAAUUUCGAAAGUUUCAAACACGUGGAAGAGGUUUCGACUUGCCUUAAAAAAAAUUCUUGGACCAUCCUUUAUUCCAUGGCACCCUUGAUUCUCAACAUUCUUAAUCAUAAGUUUUUCAGUCAACCCGUGCGAUCCAAAUCCAUGCCAAUCCAAUGAGACCUGUCAAGCGUCGGCUGAUGGACACACCUGCACUCCAGGUAGAAGCGAAAUGAUCGAGAAAUGAUCAAAAAAUUUUAAACAGAUGGAAUUUGAAUUUGAGAUUAGAAGCACUGAUUUCGAGAGGCUUAUAUUAUUCAUAUUAUCACUUCCUUUCAAUAUUUUUUCAGUAAAUCCCUGCGAACCAAAUCCUUGCCAAGCUGGUGAGACCUGUCAAGUGACGGCUGAUGGACAUAACUGCACUACAGGUUGGAAACAUAAAUAUCAGAGAAUGAAAGAACGAAAAAGAAAACGUUUCAUAAAGUAAAAGAGAGUGAAAAGAAGAAGAAAAGAAACAUAAAAUCUUCAAACUCUUCCGUAUAUUGAAUGUUCUUCCAAAUGUCCCAGCAUACUCAUCGUUUUCCAGGCAAUCCCUGCGAACCAAAUCCUUGCCAGGCCGGUGAGACCUGUCAAGUGACGGCUGAUGGACACAACUGCACUACAGGUAGAAGCAAAAUGAUCAAAGUAAUCAGGGAAAAAAAGAGUGUCCAACGCAAAGAGUUUAAAAUAGACAAUAUUGAUUCAGAGAGGCUUAUAUUAUUUAUAUUAUCACUAUAAAUCAAUAUUUUUGCAGUUAACCCAUGCGAUCCAAAUCCUUGCCAAGCUGGUGAGACCUGUCAAGUGACGGCUGAUGGACACAACUGCACUACAGGUAGAAGCCAAAUGAUUAAAAAGUAAUCAGGAAAAAAAGAGUGUCCAACGCAAGGAGUUUAAAAUAGACAAUAUUGAUUCAGAGAGGCUUAUAUUAUUUAUAUUAUCACUAUAAAUCAAUAUUUUUGCAGUUAACCCAUGCGAUCCAAAUCCUUGCCAAGCCGGUGAGACCUGUCAAGUGACGACUGAUGGACACAACUGCACUACAGGUAACAAAAUAAAAUGAAAACUAAAGCCGUUUAUAUUUUUUUUAAACUGGUUAAUGAUGAAAUGUAGACAAAGAUCGGCCGAUUAUCAUCCGAACUGUGAUCUUUUCGGUUCAGAUGUCAGAAUAGAAAAAGGCUUCAGUUCCGAUGAUCAAAAAUGACUUGAAAGCGGAUCAGUUUGUAUGAUAAUCUGCUAUCAAGAUUGUAUUCCAGGAAAACUAUUCAAGAAUAUUGUAUUCAAGGGCAGAUUUUCAUUGCUUAUCAGUAUCGACAACUUUUUCAGUUGACCCUUGCAAUCCGAACCCUUGCCAAGCUGGAGAAACUUGUCAAGCGACGGCUGAUGGACACAACUGCACUAAAGGUAAAUUGAUUAAGGCCAACAAUAAUUUGGUUUUUGAUUUUUGAUCGGUUUCUAGUGUGCGUAUCCUAGCUCUAUUGCAUUCAAACUCUAGCCGCUUUGUAACUUUAAGGGAUUAAAAUUUGUGGUAAAGUUGAAGUAUACGCUGUAGAGUAACAACAAUGAUUGAACUUUCAUGAAAACCUCUUAGUGCUCACAUCAUUUGAUCAAUCAUUAUUUUCAGUUGACCCAUGCGAUCCAAAUCCUUGCCAAGCUGGUGAGACUUGCCAAGCGUCGGCUGAUGGACACACCUGCACUCCAGGUAUGGUCUGUGUGCCAUGACUUGAAAUUUCACGAAACAACAUUCCGCUGUUCCACUGCGUGCGUUCGCAAAGCAUCUUUCGAAUAUAGGCUUUCCAUUGAUUGUUAUUGCUCUAGGAGCACAUUAAAGUAGAGCACCUUAAUGAAAGAAAAAAAAAUUAAAAGCGCGACCAAGAUUCGCAAAGGCACAGCGGAAUGUCGUUCGGUGAAAUUCAAAGUCGUGGUACACAGGCUAUGGAAGCAAAUUUAUAAAUAACCGAUCAGGAAAAAAAAACGAAGAAUGUCAAACGCAAGGAAUUUGAAUCUGAGACUCAUUUUUUAGGACUCAUUUUUUUCUGCGCCUUACCGGAACCCUAAUUCUAUGUAUUCCCCAUGAUCAUUUCAAACAAAUAACGCGUAGAUUUUGAAAUCGCCAACUUUACUUUGAACACGGCAUCAAGUUUUUUUUUUCCAGUAAAUCCCUGCGAACCGAAUCCUUGCGAAGCUGGAGAAACUUGCGAAGCGUCGGCUGAUGGACACACCUGUACUCCAGGUAGAAGCACAAUGAAAAAGAAAAGACCAAAAAAAAAAAUUAAAGAAGGAAUUUGAACUAAAAAAUAGAAAAUCAUUGUUUUCGAGCUUAUAAUAUUUAUAUUACUACUAUACUAUGAACCAAGGUUUUUUUUUCAGUACUAUGAACCAAGGUUUUUUUUUCAGUAAAUCCCUGCGAACCAAAUCCUUGCCAAGCCAAUGAAACUUGCAAAGCGUUCCCUGACGGAUCACACAGCUGUGUUGCAGGUAAGAACAAAAAAAGAAAAGCUUGAUUUCAGAGAAUUAUGUUGAAAAAAGGCUAUAGACCUCGGUGGUAAAAGACCGGGUAUUUCCCAAAAGUACUGUAUGUAAAAGUCCGCAUUCUGAGUUGUUCAUUAAGCGUUUUUGCACUUUGGUUGCAGGGCGUUUUUCAAGAUUAAAGAUCUCAGCCGCUCGGAAAAAGCAACAAAAGUGGAAAAUGUAAAACUCAGAAUGCGAACUUUCUCAUAUAGUACUCUUCUUGAAGGAAAUGUUACUUUUGUCGUAGCACCAAUGAUUCUCAUGACAACUUCCCAGAAUAGUUAAAUCGGAAUAGUAAUGCUUCGUUCCAUCAUAUACAAGUGAGGGGAAGGAAAAAGUUUGCUGGGAUAGUCCGUUCGCCGCUACGCGACGGUUGUUGAGUGUCUGCGUUUCUCUGCACCUUCAUCGGCGAUUUCAGAGAAAAUGGAAACAGCACGGCAAAAUGAGAGCGUUUCCAAAAGACGAGAAAGGCUCAGAGAAGUUUGUGAGACAAAAACAAACUAUAAACCCGGGAAACCCUCUGAUUUUGACGAAUCAAUUUUGAAAUAUUUAAUUUUCUUAAGUGGACGCUUGCACCGACUACUACUGUGAAAAAAGUCUACUUUACGCUUGCAAAGUCAUCGAUGGUACACCACAAUGCUUAGCGAGUUAGUCUUGUGACCAUUGGAAAAGAAAAUAAUGAUGAACAUUAAGUCAAUCCUUGUUUCCCGAACCGAUGCCCGGAGAAAACCUACUGUCAUGCGAGAGAAUCUGGAGGAGCACAAUGUCUACCAGGUUUGAUUCACAUUUCUUUUUAAUGCAAGAAGUUGGAACUUCAGUCUAGAGUAAACUUCUCUAGAAAGUAUGUAACUAUGAUCUACAAAAAAUUAGGAAGAUUUCUCGUAAACAUGCUGUUUCUAUUCAAAAAGCUUGUCAUAAUUUUGAAGGACAUACAGUCAAAAAUGAAUUCUUAAAUAUGGAAUCAUAUUUUAGAACUUCUCGUUUUGUACGAUAAAAAAAUUGAAAAAAAUUAUAAAAAGUUAAUGCCGUCGGAGUUGACAAGAUCAAGUUUUAUUUAUCUUUGUUUAAAUCUUUCUUCAUUUUCUCUCGAGCUCAGAAAAUAAUUCAAAAUUUUUCGAUAGAAAAAAAAUCGGCACACUGUUGACCAGUGCACACCUUGAAGGUCUCAACAUUCGAAAUAAGCACUUUUUAAAUACAAAAUCAACAGUGUAUUGAAAAAAAUAAAUCAUCUGCCCUUUGAUCGGUGAAAUGAAUUCAGUGAACCCUUGCGGAAAUAAAACGUGUCCAACGAAUUCGCAAUGCUACAACUACGACAACGUUGCUUGGUGUACAACAGGUGAAUCUAAUGCCUGCGAAGGUAAAAGCAUGGAAAUCUGGAAUAUUCAGCCUGCGAUUGUGAUCCUGCUGACUCCAAGUUUUGCCCAGCGGGACAACAUUGCCAAUUGAUGGACGAAGGAGCGUACAAGUGUAUUGGAGGUAAAAAAUUCCGCGCAAAAGCCCCGCCUCUUCUUGAAAUCGACGAUUUUUUGCUUGAAAAACGGUUUUAACUAUCACCCUAAACCUGCAUUCAAGCUCUAGCCGCUUCGUAACUAUCCCUCUAGACCUACGUGAUCGACCUCGCUCUAUAAAUCUGAAAAACUUUUAAUUCUAGUUUUUCUCAAAAAUAAACUUUAAAAAACGAAACGAUUAACAAAAACAAUUUAUUUUUAAGGAGAAACUUUAGCUAGUAUAAACGCCUCAAAACCGUUUUCGCGACAAAAAAAUCGUCAAAGUAAUUUCGCGAAAUGCAAAAUAGUCGUCAGAGAAAGAAAAACAUAACUAAACUUUGGAGAGUCAGAGAUCAUUUUGCAUUUUGCGAAACUACUUUGAACACGGCAAAAACAAGAGGAACGACAAGUUAUGACUUUAACAAUGAGAAAGGAUUGUUUUGCGUCUUAUCUUUUGAUCUCUUUCUGACACUUAGGGGUACUACACCCAAACUGCUUUGCAAGAUGACCCCUUGGAUGGCUACAUCAUUUUUACUCCUUCCAGUGGUCAUUUUCGUUCUCCGUCUAGGGGCCAAUAAGUACGCGUCUCCCUGCAAAGAUUUUCGAUUCAUAGCUUUUUGAAGUUGACGUUCAAUAGAUUCUGGCCUAAACCUCAUAGCGCGCAACAGUAAAAGUUUCGAUCGGUGAAACUAAAAAUUUUGACGGUUAAUAAUUAUUUGGAAUCUUGUUACAGACUUUUAAAAACUCAAAGUUUGGCAAGCCAAUAUCAAAGGUCAAUCGAGGUGUGUACAUCGUCAGUCAAUAAAUAGGAUACGCGGUAAGAGUGCUAUCGGAGUGCACUUCGGCAACAUACUUCUAAAGCUUCGUCAGCACUCUCAAAUGCAGAGAGCAUAGGAAUAGUAUCGGAGUGCACACAAAUGGUAUCGAAAGAGCAGAAAGUUAGCCUCUGUAAGCUAUUUAUUGAUUGACCGAAUGCAAAUCUCGACUGAACUUGAAACUGCACUCCGUUAGCUAUUUUUGAGGAUACGUCGAUUGACCAGUGAUGAGAGAGCUAAAAAAAAACUAUUUCGACAAAAUUCCAGAAAAAUUCAAAAUUCAUAUUUAAAGGACUUCCCUCGUCAACCAUAAAUCGAGAAUGAAACAGUAAAGAAUGGGUUUCGUUUAGAAAGUCCUUGCGUCAAGACCCCAUGCGAAGCUGGAUUUGAUUGCUCAGUCGUCGACGGAAAAGCUAGCUGCACAAAAAGUUUAUCAAGUACUGACAAAAAUAUAAAGUUUAACUAUUCAGUCGAUCCAUGCUUCCCGAACCCUUGCUAUAAAGGUUGCGAAACGACUACUAACGGAUCGAUCAGGUGUCUUCAAGGUUUUAGCUAACAUCUCGCCUUGCUUUUAAAACGUAUUCAGAUCGACCUUGCGGAAAUACAACAUGUUCAGGUGGUAGUCACUGCGAAGUUAUCAAUGGCACAUCCAUUUGCGUGGCAGGUAAUUUUGAUGGAAUAAAAAAAAUUACUGGUAGUGUACUUUUUGGACAAAAACAAUGGAGUUUAGGGGUUUUUCGAGUUUUUUUCGAAAAAAAUUCUUUAUCUCAUAAAGUUCAUAACAAUGAACGAAUAGAAUGCUCACCGAGAGUGGACACUUUUUGUGAGCUUCAGUUCGCCCAUAGGAGGAGUUAGCGGUGUUUAAAGAGAAACGUACAAGAGUCCACAAGGUUGCGAUUCUAGGGACCAGUCUAGCGAUUUUAAAUUUUCUUAAUUCAGAUACGUUUUGCUCUUCCAAUGGUUGUGCAGCAGACACGUAUUACUGUGGCAUACGCGAAAAUGGAUAUCCAUAUUGCGCACCUGGUAUGGUGAUUGCUUUUCAAUUUAAAAAAAUUUUUAAGGCUUGAAAAAUAGAAAAACAGCAAAAACUUCAACUCUAUUUUUCCGUGAACAAAAUUCUGCACUCGAAACAAAAAUAAAUUAACACAAUGGCUCCAAGCAAGAAAAAAGUCUGUGAUGCUUUUCCGUAGGGUAAAAAAUGUCAAAUGAUGUCAUCCCCCUGUAAAAGAAGUUGGUAUAUUGUUCGCACGCAAUAUCAAGAGGUUUGUGAUUGAAGAACGGACAGGGAUUUUCAAAAGCCGGCUUGAGAUAUCAAUCAAAUAAUGUUGCACUCACAUGUACUCAAAAAUGAAUUCUUUUUAAAGUGAACCCUUGCGCCGAUCAUAAGUGUGAUAGUGGACCUGAAAAGGAAUGCCACAACUACCAAUUGGACGCAUACUGUACGACAGGUUUGUAGAUGUGUGUUUUUUUUUUCAGAAAAGAUAAAUCGAUAAUUCAGCUUUUGUGUGCGAUCCUAGCAAGGCUGACUCUUGCCCAGAUGACAGAGUUUGUGUAAAGAUCAAUUCAGGAUCUUUCAGGUGUCUUGACGGUGAGAAUGUUCAAAUGAUUCACAAAAACUCGUCCAAAAUAGAAGUUCUUCAAAGCUUUUUCAAAAAAGGGAUGUUGAAAGCCGGAAAAAUUGUGUAAAAAUCAAGAAAUCUUAUGCUUCUUUCAACUUUCCAGCAAGAUUUUUCGAACAGUUAUUAAAUAGCAGAGAACCACCAAGUCUCAGUUUUUCGAGGAAAAUAUUUUUAGUUAAAACUUUCAGUAUUUAUCAUCGAAAAUUACGUCAAAGUUUUUCUUCUGCAAUUCGAAUGUAAUGAGUUUAUCAAAACGACAAGAAGAAAUGAGAAAAAGGAACUUCAGUUUCUUUUUUUUUUCAACUUUAUGUGGAAAGAUUCUUCGAUUCUUCAAAUGAAUUUAAUGUGGUAUACUUUCAGUGGAUCUUUGCGCUGAUAAAAAUUGCGACGUUGGUUUUGAAUGCAAGGUCGUCGGCAAUGUAGCCAAUUGCACACAAAUUCCUGGUAACCUGUUGAUGAGAGGAACUAAAAAAUCUCGAAAAACAUUCAGCUAAUCCUUGCAAUUCGAAUCCGUGCCAAGAUGAUGAGACCUGCCAAUCCGCUAAUGGUACAUUCACCUGCACUAAAGGUUGAAUCAAGUUAGGCACCGCAAAGCCACGCCCCUUCUCGCGAUAGAAAAAAAAUGCUUUUUUUUGGUUUUCAACUUUCAUUUUGUUGUUUAAAAUAAAUUUCACGCUUUUUUGAUGCGUUCUCGUGGAAUGUCGUACAAAAACGUGAAUGGAACUAAAAAAUUUUGUCGUUUUUUGCUUUUUCAUGUGUUUCCAGGUCGUGCGCACUCUUUUUUUAAAUAAUGUUUUUUUGAUUCAAGUAACGAUAUUUAUAAAACAAUAAAAAUAAAAACCUCGUCUUUGCCAAAAAAAUUUUUAGGGAGUGCCGAAAGUCGUAAUUCAAAAAUAUCCUUAAUAAGCGAAGAUAAUCGAGUUUUUUUAUUUUUUUCUAAAUUUAGACCCUGGGCUUACUUAAAUUUUUUUCUCCACAGCAUAUGUGCUUGAAAAAGUUGUUUAAUACGCAAAAAUGCUCUUGAAACUAGAGAAUAAAACUAGCGGCGUUUAUCACACAGAAAGCGGUCGAACGCAGGUUUUUCAAACGAUUAUAAACGUUUAUUAGUAAAAAAAUCUUUCAAUUAAAAAAAUAAAAUAAAAAAAUUCGUCUUUGCCGAAAAUAUACGGGGCCGUUUUUUUAUGCAGCGAUCGUUAAACGAGGCAAAAGGCCCAAAAACAAAUUUUUCGAAGUGAAUUUCCACGGAAAGUUUGAGUAAAGAUUUGCGAACACAUUCUGAUAAAAAUAGCAAAAUUUUCAUUUUGAGGUCGCGAGUUCGAUACCCGCAAGCGUCUAUUUUUUGUUUUCUGGAAAAUACCGACUUUUUCGGCAAACUAGCAAAUUUUAUCAUUUUAGCACUCUAUUAUGAUUUCUUACAUCAUAAUAGACUAGUAUCAAAACUUUUUCUUGAAGAAAAUCGAGAAAAAUGUCAAAAAUAGAUAACAAUAAAAUUUCAGUACUUUUUUCAUCCUCAUCUUUUUUGAAAAACUAAACGGUUCUGAGUUUUUGAAUCGAAACAGCUAUCAAACCAUCUAAUGUCAAUGCUGAUUUUUUUGAAAAAUUUUUUUCUGCGGUCCCUCGAAAGAAGUCAAAAAGUUCGAAAAAGGAGUUCACGAUAUCUUGAAUCUAAAAAAAGUCAUUUCAUCUAAAAAACAAAAGUGGGAAAAAUCCUAAAAUUCAUUUUCUCAUUAAUCUUUCUGAAUGAAGAUAACCCAGCAUUUAUAAAAAAAAUUGAAAAAUGAUUUCAGAGAUGCUGGCUGACGAGUGGAAUGAAGUGGAGCAAGUUAGAAAAUGAACUUUUUCGAAAAAAAUUCGAAAAUUUGUAGUAAAUUGGAAAACAUAUAUUCAAAUAGGAACAGUUUUGUCCCUAAAUGGGCCGCGGAGAUAUUCCUUUUUUUGAUUCUAACAAAUUCCUUUUUGAAACUUUCAAUAAAACCCUUAAACUACGAUUAUUUACUGAGAAAACUUUCAGUGGACCCUUGCGCAUCGCUUGUCUGUUAUGAAGAGGAAACUUGCAGAAUCGUCGACAAUACAGCCUUCUGUUUCCAAAGUCAGUUCAAUACUAAAAUUUGUGUUUCUUGCUUUUUAUUUCAAUUCCACUUUGAACAAAAAUAUCUUUAGAAAUCGUUUUUUUCUAUCAUGAAGAACGUGAUUUUUGGGCUAAUUUUUUUUCUGAACAAGAAAAAGAUCAUUGAAGAAAGUUCCGUAUUAGCAUAGAGCUCGGCGCUUUGAAAGCUAAAAAACGUCAAGUCAUCGACAGAAAAGUUUUAAAAGGAUCCAUUGAGUUGAAAUCGCCCCAUACCAUCUAAAGCUGGUCCAACUGUUGGGAAAUGAGAAUAAGUUCCAGAUUAUCCAGUUUUCACAAAAAAAAACUGAAAUCGAAAAUUCCCUGGUGAAGCCCAUUUCGCGCCAGCUUGCCCCUUUAGUCGUACAAAAAACACCGUAUACCAAAUUGGACCAACUUCACUACAAGAUCAUCGUUUUUUGUUGUCCGAUAUAUGAUGUUCGAAAAGCAUAACCAGUUUUGAAUAUUCAGCCGAUCCGUGUUACCCGAAUCGUUGCGUGAACAACACGUAUUGUCAUCGGAGAGAAAGUGGAGGAGCGCAAUGCAUUCCAGGUUUGAAAUCAAAGAUUUUUUCCUCAAAGAUUACAUUGAAAAUCAAAGUUCUGAACUUUUAUUGUACUCAUUCUGAACAAGGCUAAAGUUAUUUGUGAAAGCAAUCACGAUUAUAUCUUCAUGUGAGUGUUUAGUAAACCCUUGCGGCAGCAGGAGCUGCCCGAGUGGAACCGAAUGCGAGAAUUACAAGGAUGUAGCCUGGUGUACAACAGGUAAAUUUAUUCAGCGCAUCGGAAAACGAUGAAUCUUGAUAAUUCAGUAGAGGCAUGUGAUCCCGCUAAUGCCACCGCUUGCCCGCCCGGUCAACAUUGCGAAUUGGCGGAUCAGGGCCAAUACAAGUGUAUUGGAGGUAAGAUAAACGACAAAGAACAAGGAAAAAAGCCACGCAAGUAAUUCCGCCCUUCUGUUGAAAAUUUCAAAAAAAUAUUUGGCCAGAACACUCCUCGAUGUACCGGGUGAAGAUCCCCCUGCGUACCUUUUUUUUUUCAGAAAAAGAGAGCUCAACGUCUUAGAACAACCUAUUCUGACAGUUUCGAUUAUUUUCCCCGAUUUUAAGAUGUCCUCUCUCAUAAUUCUAGAUGAAAAUUGAGACUUUCAGGAUCUAAUUCUGAUAAAUCAAAGAACAUUUUUCUGGGAAUCCUUAGUCGCAUGGUGAAUUGACCCUACUGUUCAGAACUGCCUAAGCGAAACCGAACGUCUGAAGGAUCCCCACUCUGCAUUGUUUUAUUGAAAAAAAAAAGAAAAGAAACAAUGAAAUUUUUUUUACAGAUAAUCCUUGCCUCAUGAACCCAUGCCCAGCUGGUAACGACUGUUCAGUCGUCGACGAAAAAGCCGUCUGCACACCAAGUUCGCCAAAAACUUUUAUGAAAGAGAAUUUAUUCCGAUCUUUUAGUCGACCUAUGCUACCCUAAUCUUUGCUCGUGGGGCUACGAUUGCAUAGUAACGCCAUCCAAAGAAGUCAAAUGUGUCAUAGGUAUGAAUUUGCCGAAUGGACUUUAAAAUUGUUUACUUGUUGGAAAAAAAAUUGAGAGAGAUGCAAAAAAAAAAAACUAUGAAAGAAACUUAGAAAAAAGAUUCUCCAUACAAGCCUAUAGAAAUUUAUGCUUCUGAAUGCUUUUGUUGUGGUUUUUGAUGACUUCUGUAGAUCUCUGAAAGGAACUUUGCUCUGAAACCAUUUGAUUAUCUGCGCUCUCUUCGUCGCUCAUGCUGUCUUAACGUUUUGAUGCCUCUUCGAAGAAGGAAAAGAGAGUGCAGACAGAUAAGACUACUUCAAGUAGCGGCCAAUGAAGUAUACCCUUACUCUGCUCAAAUUGGACAGUUUUUUGUUUUCAAAAACAAACAUAACAAAUCUUGAGACCUGUUCAGGUAAACCUUGUGGCGCAACGCAAUGCGAAUUUCCUACAGUAUGCGGCGAAGUCAACGGUGUCCCUACAUGCGUUGAUAGUAAGUAUCGUUCUCAAUAAAAAGUGAUCAUAGUUGAACUUUCAGAAGACGUAUGCGCGCUCACUGGUUGCAGUGGAGAAACAACAUAUUGUCAUGUGUCUGUAAACGCUACUGCUGUUGGUAGCCCCUUUUAUUGCGCCAAAGGUUCGAAUUUUGAACUGAUUUUUUCUCUUCUUAAGAAACGGAAGCUACAUAUUGGCCUGUUAAUAAGAAUCAGUUUUUUUAGAGUUCAUUUUAUAUAAAAGUUAUGAAAACUGCUAGAUUCAAAACGUAUAUUUUUCCAGCUGGGGAAUGAAAUACGGAUCGCUCAGCCUAACGCUCGUUUCUAACAUGCCAUCCUUAUAAUGGAUCCAAACCUCAUACCAUUUUUUCUUUCUUGUGUACGGGAAAUUCUUCGAAUAAUCAAAAUUGACGAGAUUCCAGAGCCCUUUACUUUAUAAUGAAUAAAGUUGAAAACAAAUUUCUAACAUGGAUAGGGCCGCCAAUAGGUUAGAUCAAGAGUGAAUUAAACUUUGAUGAGAUGUGCAUAUUGACCAAAAACUGGAAAUCUAAUUUUUUACGCUCUUUUAACCUUUUGCCUAGGUUUUUCUUGCAAUCGCAGCGACAAAUACUUUGUUGUGUUAUAGUCUGAGUACCAUGACUUGGUAUUUCACCGAACGACAUUCCGCUGUUCCACCGGGCGCCUUUGCGAAUCUCGGUCGCGCUUUCAAUUUUUUCUUUCAUUCAAAACUCGCAGUGGAACGAUCAAUCUACCAGCAAAAAAAAAUAGUUUGGAAAGUGGAUCUAGAUCCGCAAAGGCAGAGGCGCUUCGCGACCGUACGCAGCGGAACGUCGUUCGGUGAAAUUUCAAGUCGUGGCACGCGGCCUACACAACUCGACAAAAAUAAAAAAAAGUUUAAUUGAAGUUUUGUGAUCCUGAUAGGACAUCUUCUAGAAGACAUCUCACUAAGGUUAUUCGAAUUCUUGCCCUCUGUGUUUCGCCCUUUUCAGUCCGAACACAAAAAAUGAAUUGAACACAAAAAAAACACCAUUCUCUUUAAUUUUUUUUUAAGUGAACGCUUGUGCCGAUAAUCCCUGUACUGAAGGCUCACACUGUUAUCAGUACCUGUGGUCGCGCCUUUGUUUAUCAAGUGAAAGUAACAACAAAAAUUAAAAAGAAUUAAAAAAAAAAAUUUCAUUUUCAGACCCUCCGUGUGAUCCCAAUUCUGCCAAUUCCUGCGCAGAAGGUCUUAGUUGCCGAAAGUUCAAUUCUGGAGUUUAUCGGUGCAUUUCGGGUUUGAAAUUUUGAAUAAUAGAUGCAAAGAGAAAAUGAAAGUUACAGCUGGUUAUCCGACAGAGUAUUUGUAA